UUACCGAGUAAACUAGCUCCACCCAACCGCUGAAAUGUGACACAAGUUGGAACAAAACCGGAAGUUGGGCUGCCUUGCUCUUGAAGGUGAAGACUUGUUUCUACUGCUGUUUCCAGUCCCUCUAGAUUUUUCAUCACAGUGCAUAGCCUACCAGGUAAGGAAGUGGAAACUUAAGUGAUUUGUCCAAAGUCUCAGAGCUGGUCCUUGGCAGAGCUGAGAUUUAAAUCCAGAUCUGAGGAUGAUGCACUUUUAAUCUUCUUUUUGAGAUGGCAGUUCCAGGAUUUACCCUUGGUGCCUUCGUGUUCCUGUUGCACGUUAGUUCGGUGGCCAGUUACCCCAAUGGAAAAGUAACACAGUCAUGCCAUCGAAUGAUUCCUAAACAUGGUCAUAGCCCACGGCCUGAGCCAACUCACCACAUGGCCCUGAGUCAGACGACGUUCAGACCUGGAGAUCAAAUUGAAGUUACUUUAUCAGGACAACCUUUUAAAGGCUUUCUUGUAGAAGCUCGCAAUGCUGAAGAUUUGGAUGGCCCUCCCGUUGGCUCUUUCAUGUUGAUUGACCAUGAGGUGUCACAACUUCUGACUUGUGAUGAUAUACAGGGAUCAGCUGUGAGUCACACAAGUUCAUCCAACAAAACAGAAAUUAAAGUCUAUUGGAAGGCUCCAAGCAGUGCCCCAAAUCACAUACGGUUUCUAGCCACAGUUGUUAAGAAUUAUAAAAUCUACUGGGUGAAGAUUCCUAGUCAGAUAAUUUCACAACCAAAUGUACUUCCUUUUACAACACCAAAAGCUACAACAGCCCCCUCGUCAACUUCACCUCCAAUCUCCCAUUCAACCAAACCAUUCAGUGCUUCAGGCUGUGGGAACAAGAAGUUCUGUAUCAGGAGUCCUUUGAACUGUGACCCAGAGAAGCAGCAUGCCUGUAUCUUCUUGUCCUUCACGAGAGAUGACCAGUCAGUGGCGGUGGAAAUGAGCGGUCCUAGCCAAGGCUAUUUAUCUUUUGCAUUUUCUCAUGACCGAUGGAUGGGUGAUGAUGACGCUUACAUGUGUAUCCGUGAGGACCAGACUGUACAUAUCCAGCCUUCCCAUUUGACAGGACGAAGUCACCCUGUGAUGGACUCCAGUGGUUCUCUUGAGGAUAUGGCUUGGAGGUUGGUGGAUGGUAUUAUACAGUGUUCUUUCAGAAGAAAUAUUACUCUUCCUGGAGUUAAGAAUAGAUUUGAUCUAAACACAAGCUACUACAUAUUUCUAGCAGAUGGUGUAGCUUCUGAUGGUCGAAUUUAUAGGCACUCUCAGCAGCCUUUGAUUACACAUGAAAAACAUAAUGUGACAGACUCUCCAAAGGAUGUAGGAGGAUCUCGCUCCUCACUCCUUUUGAAGGUUCAUGGUGCCUUAAUGUUUGUGGCAUGGAUGAGUACUGUUAGCAUCGGUGUGCUGAUUGCCCGGUUCUUCAGACCUGUGUGGGCGAAAGCUUUCUUCUUUGGUGAAGCAGUCUGGUUUCAGCUGCACCGGAUGCUCAUGGUCACCACAUCUGUGCUCACCUGCAUUGCUUUUGUUAUGCCUUUUAUAUACAGAGGAGGCUGGAGUUGGCAUGCAGGUUACCACCCCUACCUUGGUUGUGUAGUGAUGACCUUGGCAGUUCUGCAACCUCUGCUGGCAGCCUUCAGGCCAUCUUUCCAUGACCCAAGAAGGCAAAUAUUUAACUGGACUCACUGGAGUGUGGGAACAGCUGCUAGAAUAAUAGCAGUGGCAGCAAUGUUCCUAGGAAUGGAUUUACCAGGAUUGACUCUUCCUGAGCCACAGAAAACCUAUGCAAUGAUUGGAUUUGUCAUCUGGCAUAUUGGGACUGAGAUAGUUUUGGAGAUACAUGCCUACCGACUCUCUCGAAAAGUCGAAAUAUUGGAUGACGAUAGAAUUCAGAUCCUUCAGUCACUCACUGUAUCUGAAGUAGAGGGCCAUACUUUUAAAAAGAUGGUGUUGGCAGUUUAUGUUUGUGGAAAUAUGACUUUUCUUAUUAUAUUCUUAUCUGCGAUCAGCCACCUAUGAACAAGUAAAGACUAUUUUCGUGGUCCUGUGAUAAUUAUCAUCAAAUCAAAUAAACUUGAAGUUUGUACUA